AUGCUGCCUCCCGUGGAUGGCGAUACCCUAAUUGCAAAUCCCAAGUUCGAUGCGCUCUACCGCGACCUCUGCAACAAUAAGCUCGAGCCAGACGGCACCACGAGGGUCGACGGCAAGACGCAGCGCGAGCGCGAAGCUUUCGGCGAGGAAUUGAAGAAAGCGCGUACCGCGGCCUCCAAACAGGAUCUCGUCAAGACGUAUCUCCAGUCUUUGGCUUACAGGGGCGACGAGCUGCCCGUAGAGGUAUAUAUCCCCGAUGGCAUGUUUGGUGUGGUGGAAUACGCUGACGCCCGGGGUGUCCCGUGCAGCUUCGCGAACUGGUCGCCAUCAUCGGCGCCGCGCUGCACACUCCCCUUUCGCGAGGAGAUGCCUUAUUACUGCGUGAGGAUGUCGAUAAGUUCAAAGUGAGCGCUGGUAAAAGUACUGUUCCUCGGUUCAUGAUAUCUAACGGUAACCAUCCCAGGAUAACAUCAUGCUCAUAUCGCUCGUCGUUUCCAAAGCUGCAGCAGAAGACAUCACCCAGCUUGCACGCAUCCUUUCCACGGAAGCUACCUCAGACUGGCGCGAUCUGCCCUCACGCAUCCAGAGAAUAAAGGACAACGGUAUCAGUUCAGAAGCAGCCAUUGCCGAUCUUCGCAUACAGAUUGCCCACGAGACAACUAAUGUUCACUCCCUUUACCGCCAAGCAAUCGAAACCAGUAUUCGGAUACUUGAACAGACCAUACAUGGAUCCGUAUCGCGAAGCACCAAGGCGAAAGCAGACUAUCUUGCCACGGUUGCCGAAGGCAUGGCGCGAAAGUUGAAACUUCAGCAGAACUCGUUGCUGGCUCAGACCAAGUCGCCGGACCUGCAGGAAGCUUUGAGAAGGAGAGUGGAGGACCUAGAUGGCGAGGCUGUGGGCCUGAAACGUAGGAUGAGGGAGUUGCAGGAGAAGUUGGAGGAGUACAGAGCGAACGCUGCGGUACAGGGCAUGGCGAGAGAGUAUGCGGAGAUCGUGAGCGAGACGGUGAAGGUACAGGGUGAAGUGGACAGAUUGCUCGUGGCAGUCCCCUAACCGCCGCAGGCGCAAGCUCGAAACAAGUGAUAAGGUUACAAUAACGUCAACAGAGACAUAUAACAAUGUCCCCUUGGUCUUCUGGCCUGCAGAAUUUCCGGGCCACAGGCUUCAAUGACUAAGCCGUAAUUGGCCAAGUUCCGAGGUCCUUCGUUCUUCUGAUCAUCGGCAACCCAAAUUGAAAUGUUGAUGACAUUUUCCAUACUUUAGACUGCCAUCAUGGGAGAAACAGAUCUCGAAAAGCUUAGGGAUGCGCUAGAUGGCAGGGCCAUUGCCAGAGCUGUACGUCUCACAGGCUUCUCGGUAACGAGCAGGCGUUCCAGUGGGAUCAACAUUGCUGGCCUAGCUAACGCGAUUCGCGCCUGUCAGCAAGAAGAAGCAGGAGGCAACUUCGCAUCCGCCUGGCUGGAGACACUCGAGAUCAUCGAAGCCGAGCGCACAUCAAAGUCAACUUCCCGCAUAGUCUAUCGCUUUCCCGUCUUGCAGCAGUACCUAAAUCCGACGCAAACACUCCACGGCGGGGCCGUCGCCACAAUCUUCGAUAUCGCAACUUCGUGGCUCCUUUACCUUGUCUGUGAGCCAGGGUUCUGGACCAGUAUGGGCACCACGCGGACUCUAAAUUGCACGUAUUUGAGGCCAGCAAUGGAGGACGAGGGGCUGAGGUUGGAGUGCGAGGUAUGUUGUACCAUGGCGGAGCUGUUGUGUAGUGCUGAUGUGCUAACACCUGAUCGUGCUUGUGUAGAUCAUACACUGCGGGAAGCGCAUGGCAUUGUUGAAAGGCACUCUGUUGCGUGAGAGCGAUCGGGCGGUGAUUGCGACUUGCGAGCACAACAAGUUCAAUGUCGAUGCCGAGAGCAAGGUGUAG